AUGUUGGAAGGCAAUGACGUUACUGUUUUAAUUGAUGAAGAAAACGUAAGAAACAAGCGUGUUUAUAUCAACGAACAAGGAUAUAGAGGUGAGGUCCUUUGUAACUUAUCAAUAAAGAAUAAGACAUUAAUUGACUGGGAAACAUUGAAACUGAAAAGGCACCAAAGCUACUUGGAAAUAUUGAAUAAUCAUACAGUACUGCUCAGAAAUAACCUAACAGAAAACACGUUCGGAACGCGUCCCAAACGCGUCAGGAACACGUUCCUAAAUGCGUUCCGUUUGCAUUCCACUGUUCCCGGAACGCAUCUGCAGAACGCGUUCUGGUUAUUUCGCCUCUAUUCGCCAUCAGGUUUCUGAUGGCUGUAUAGAAAAUGCUCAUGCUUUUCACAAAACUCUAAAGGGCAUCAAAAUAAAUAAAAACAGUUUUGAAGGAAUUUUAAUGACUUCAACAGUAUUGUCUAAAAUUAUGGAAAUUAUUGUCAAAAGUUAUUCACUCGCGUGUGUGUUGAUUAGGCUAUUGAAUUUCAUUUCCGAAAGAGGUAGCCAAAAUAUCACAGUGUUUGGACUUUAUAAAAUCAUCAUCAGACUAAACCCGGUUUACACUAUCAAAGUGUCUGUGAUCACAGGAGGAGUUUUAAAUGGAUAAACCAAUACUGGAAAAAUCACAAGGUAAGGACAGUCGUCCAGUUUAUUAGCCAUCUUGUAGACUAGAAAUACAGAUAAUUUCAAUCUUAACUCAUGCAACAAUAGUACACAAGCGAUGUUUAUUGCUGCUAUGCAUGUAUUUAUGUGCCACAGUAAGGAAACAUCAUCAUAUAUAUAAGUUGGUACGAUUGUUAGUAAAUGUAUAUUGCAAGCAUGCACUUAUUAUAGAAUCGACCCAAGAUGUUGGGCAGUCAAAAAUGUCACAAUCAAUAGUAUUUUGACUAAUUCUAAUAGGGUGUGCAAAGCACUAUGAACAGUUGAACACCAAUGAAAACACCAAAGUGGAAAUCCUUCUGUUUUUGGUAGAUAAGUUUGGAGUAAGUGACAAAUUUGUGCAUGAAAUUUCAAUGGUAUUUCAAGAUUUGCCAAGAUCCUAUGUGGUUAAGGAAUGCAGACUCAAGAUUAACAGCAAUUGUGUGAUCUCACCAACUCCUGGCAGUUACCCUGGAGCCCAGGUAUCGUUCAAAGAGAAACUGGCAAAUAAAUUAAAGUUGAUG